CUUUCUCUGUCUUCUGGACGCCGAAAAUGGGAAGAUCAAUGCUGCUUCUCCUCUGGUGUGCUUCCAUCGCUUCUUUAUCGGCUCCGGGAUUGAAGCUGCUGGCUCUAGCCCAACAAAAUCCAGGUUUUAUAAGCAUUGAUUGUGGAGCACCUGAUUCGUAUCCCGAUGGCGAUAGCAAGAUAUAUUAUGAGACGGACGAGGGAUUUACAGAUUCCGGGGAAAACAGGCAGAUUUCCACAGAAUACUUCAACCAAGGUUAUACACAAAUUAUCAAAAAUUUGAGGAGCUUUCCGGAUGGAACGAGGAACUGCUACACGCUCAAACCUAAUCAAGGCAAGAACAGCCUUUACAUGAUCAGGGCCAUCUUUUGGUAUGGCAACUAUGAUGGAAAAAACGAACCACCCUCGUUCGACGUAUAUAUUGAUUUUAAUUAUUGGACCACCAUCAGCGACGGUAAUAUUGCUUCCAGGGAGAUUAUGUAUGUCUCCCAAGCAGAUUAUAUAAAGGUAUGUGUUGUGAAUAUGGGAAGUGGAAUACCUUUCAUUUCAGCUCUGGAAUUAAGAGUUUUGAACAAUAGCAUCCAUGGAAUUGGAUCUGGGUUCUUGAUGCUUGUUUCGCGGUCCCUCAUGGGAACAGGCCCAAAAACAUAUAAAAGAUACCCAUUGGAUGCUUAUGAUCGCAUCUGGUGGGGCUAUGAUGAUUACUACGUGCAUUUGACCAGCACCGGAGCAUCUGCCACGUCCUUGUCCAACAACAACGAUGCAUUCAAGGUUCCAGAAAAUGUUCUUAUGACCGCUGCAAGCAGGAAUUAUUCCUCCUUGAGUUAUAGUUGGACAACCCCGGAGUCAUACGUUCCUCCAGGUAACUGGAUCUUGUACUUCCAUUUUGCCGAAAUCGAAAUUUUGCGGAGUGGCCAACAAAGGGAGUUCACGGUUUCCAUCAAUGAUAAUCAAUUCACGAAGAAUGUGACGCUCGAGUACUUAAAGCCAGUGACUGUAGUCUCCACUCCGGUUACUGCUUCCCAGAUCAGCAUCUUGAUCAGUCCCAUAUCGGAGGAAUCUCCAUCUCCGCCAAUCCUCAAUGCCAUCGAGGUCUAUUUCAUUGGUGGACCCCACAAUGUACAAACAGCCGAAGAUGAUGUGAAAGCUAUCAAUGAUAUCAAGGCAGCGUACGGAGUGAAUAAAGAGAGUUGGCAAGGUGAUCCGUGCGUCCCUAGCAACUAUACAUGGGAUGGUCUAAUUUGUAGUUAUGGAAAACUUCCAAGGAUUAUCUCACUGAAUCUGAGCUCUAGCAAUUUGAGGGGCAACAUCCAUUCUUCACUAUCAAAUCUAUUGGAAUUGAAGGCCUUAGAUCUGUCCAACAAUGAACUUACAGGAGCCAUACCGGAAAUAUUGACAAAUUUGCUGAAGUUGAGAAUUCUGAAUCUAAGCGGAAACAAGCUGACUAAUUCAGUUCCUGAGGCUUUUAAAAGGAGGGUUAUGGACAAGAAAUUGGACUUGAGUUGUCAAAAAAAUCAACAUUUUACAUCCACUGAGGUUGCAAGAAUUACUGAUAACUUUAGAACGGUAAUUGGAGAGGGAGGAUUUGGGAAAGUUUACUUUGGCAAACUUGACAAUGACACUCAAGUCGCAGUAAAAAUGUUAUCUCAAUCAUCAAAGCAAGGCUACAAGGAGUUUCACACAGAGGCCCAACUCCUGACGGUCAUUCACCAUAGAAAUCUGGUUUCACUUAUUGGAUAUUGCGAAGAAUUUGAAAACAUGGCGCUGAUUUACGAAUUCAUGUCCAACGGAAAUGUGCGGCAACAUUUGUCAGCACACAACCCAAAUGUUUUGAGUUGGAGCCAGAGACUACAAAUCGCAGUCGAUGCAGCUCAAGGGUUGGAGUACCUGCAUAACGGCUGCAAACCUCCUAUUAUCCAUAGAGAUCUAAAGACGCCCAAUAUUUUACUAAACGAGAACAUGCAAGCAAAGAUUUGUGAUUUUGGAUUAUCAAGAGCAUUUGUAAGAGAGCAGGAUUCUUAUAUUUCGACUGUCAGUGAGGGCGCCUUUGGUUAUCUCGAUCCGGAGUUUCAUAUACUUGGACACUCGAGCCAGAAGAGCGACAUAUACAGCUUUGGCAUAGUUUUGUUUGAGUUAAUCACGGGCCACUCCGCCAUUAUAAGAAGCCCAGAGGGCAUUGUGCACAUACUUCAGUGGGUAACUCCACUCAUAGAAAGAGGGGACAUCCAAAGCAUUGUCGAUCCGAGGUUAAAUGAUCAAUUCAACAUCAGUUCUGCACAGAAAGCGGUGGAAAUAGCCAUGGCAUGUGUACCAACAAACGCGGUUGAAAGGGCAGACAUGAACCGUGUUCUAUUGGAACUAAAAGAGUGCUUGACAGUAGAGAUCAAUUCAGGAAGAAGCCAAAGAAUGGGAAAUAGUGAGAGAAGAAGUGAGUUUGAUACAACCACAAUGGAGCUUGAUAGUCCUCCGUAUGCACGUUAA